AUGUCCAACUUUAAGCACUCCACUCCUCCAGAUCUUCUCGAAUCGACUCUCGCUCGUAUCAAGCACCUCGAUAUCACAGACCAUUUAUCGUACGACAAAAGUGCACAUCCUUUCUCUGGAGGGAGCUACGGGGACAUUCGAAUUGGAACGUAUGAUCAUCCCGACCGUGGUAAACUUAAGGUCGCGGUGAAAUGUCUUCGUGUAUUCCAUACGCAAACGCCUGAGACAUUGAAGCUACUCAAACGAGAAGUUCAGAUUUGGUCGAGUCUUGACCACCCGAAUGUUCUUCCGCUGCUUGGCUAUAUUUUGGAGGAGAACGACUUUCCGACUCUUGUAUCCGAGUUUAUGGAAAACGGGACGGCACUGCGAUAUGUCUCGCAACACCCAGAAAUAGACGUUACUGGUAUAAACAAACAGAUCCUUGGCAUAGCUGAAGGAAUAGACUAUCUACACGACAAGGGUAUCAUCCAUUCUGACCUAAAAUCGGAUAACAUUCUCAUCUCUCCGGAAGGCAGACCACUCAUAUGUGACUUCGGCAUCUCGCGCGUGAUUUCCCUUUCAACUUCGUUCAGCGGAUACCCCAUCAAUGGCCAAACUACAACUGGGAAUGUGAAGGGAUCGGCUCGAUGGAUGUCUCCGGAGAUUCUAUGUUCACCAACCGAUCAAUCCCCAGCAAAGCACACAAUUGAGUCCGAUAUAUGGGCGUUCGGCAUGGUGGCAUAUGAACUCUUGACAUUGCAAAGGCCAUAUUACGAGCUAAGUAACGACGUACAAGUAAUUUCAGCCAUCUGGUAUAGCCAGUUGCCGAAGAAACCCGAGGAUUAUUAUACCUGGACAUGGAGCAAAAAGACUAUUUGGGAGUUAUGCAAUUCAUGUUGGUCAAGAAACCCUGCCACACGGCCAGGGAUGUCUACUGUUGCUUGGUUACUCAAAGCUGCUCGUGAAGACACUAUUGUGAUCAUUAAUAGAAAGGCAAGCACAUUGGAAAUAUUAUGCUAG